AUGGACCACGUAUCCUCAGAGAGCGACUUUUCACUCAUUUCGCGGUUGACAUCGGAACCGACAUCCCCCGAUGCUGAGGCAGAGCUCGCAGCAGUUCCUCCUUCAAUUGACGAGAUGGCGUUGCGAACCUUCUGUCACUCCUGCAACCAGUUCACACACAAGCUGUUGCAGAAACUGCCGCGACACCAAAAUAUCCUUUUCUGUCCGUCGCAGCUCUACUGGACACUCACCGGCUUGUACCUUGGUUCGCACGGCGAUACUCGUCUGGAGUUACACGAGCUCCUCAACUACACUGACGUCAAUGUUUCUCCGGAACGCAUUCAGCAGUUUUUCCAAAACUUUAUCCGCGGAUUUCACCGUCGCGGGUGCCAACAGAACGUCACCCUGUGCAGCGCCAUAUGCACGUCCGACUGUGACCUGUUGUUUCAACCCUUCUGCAAGACGUUACAUGAUUUCUUCUCCAUUAGCGUUCGUUCUGUUCCGAGCAAUGUCAAGUUGGAACGCGUUCGCAGUGAGGUCAACCGCUGGGUGGAACAGUCAACACGAGGACUAAUAACGAGCAUGAUUGGCGACUACACCCCUCCUCGGCGCCCAUGUAGCUUACUGGUAAGCGCGGCUUACAUUGAGUACACGUGGGGCAGUUCCUUCGGCUGGCACACUACAGUCCUCGCGGACUUCUAUAACAACGGGUGCGAGGCAUGUAAGACGAGGAUGCUACGAUCGGCAAGCUGCAAUCCUUACAUAUUCUCCAAGGCCCUGGCUGCAAGGGUCUUAGUCAUCCCGGGUUCUAUGACGGACUGGUCGUUCGUUAUUCUUCUACCCAUUGACCGUAAGGGCAUACAUGUCGUUGAGAACAGGCUAGACGCUGAUGUCUUGGAGAGCGCGUUGCAGAACUGUACGGACACACGGGUUGAACUGACCAUGCCGAACUUUGAGCUGGAGAGUUCUCUCUCAUUGAUGGAAGUACUGCAAGCGGUGAACGUGAAGAGCAUCUUCGAUGAAGAAACGGCCGAAAUUACGGGACUUUUUAAGGCCAAGGGAUCGUGCUUCUCUGAAAUCAUGCACAAGUCAAAACUGAAAUUGGAGAAAGCAGGAUCGGAGGGCGAACAUUUCGAUAACUUGGCGCUUAUCGUGAACGGUCUGAAGCCCAGAGGAGUGGUGGCGUUUCACGUGAAUCACCCUUUUCUAUUUCUUCUGUAUGAUGCAAAGAACAAUGCCAUUACCUUUGUCGGUCGCGUCGUAGAAAUGGUAUGGUGA